AUGGAACAACCUGGUUCUACUCGUCCUUUGAAAAUAUCCAUAAUAGGAGCGGGCAUCGGAGGGUUGACCGCUUCGAUUGCUUUGCGUCGACAAGGUCACGAUGUACAGGUAUUUGAACAGUCAUCAUUUGCCUCCGAAAAUGGAGCUGCUAUACAUCUUGCUCCCAAUGCCAAUGGCAUUCUGAGGCGCCUUGGAAUCUUCGCCGAUGAGUUCGGCGCCAACGAAAUGGAAAGAUUGACGGAGUACACCUCAGCUGGAGAGGUAUUGCGUUCAACGGACCUCCGAGAGUCCAACAAGCAAUGGCAACAUCCGUGGCUUCUUGCUCAUCGCAUCGAUUUACAUAAUAGUCUCAAAGAAGCUGCGCAAAGCUCUAGAGCAAACGGUUCAUUUCAGCUAAAAACAUCAAGCAAAGCCGUAUCAGUUGAUCCAAGCACUGCUACAGUGACCUUUGAGGACGGCUCUAGUAUUGGAGGUGAUCUAGUCAUUGCUGCUGAUGGAGUACAUUCUGUCUGCAGAAGAUUCAUCCCAGGUAGCGAUGUGAAGCCUUUCAGUAGCGGAAAAAGUGCUUUCCGUUUCCUUGUGUCUCGGAGUUUGGCAGCUGAGGAUCCACUCACGAAAGGAUUUGUCGAGAACCCCGGAAAUUUGAUCAUCUGGUAUGCCAGUGACCGUCGAAUCAUUGUGUAUCCCACUUCGAACAACUCUGUGUUGAACUUUGUCUGCGUUCAUCCGGAAGGAGAGACGGCAGAUCAAGCUGGCGAGAACUGGGACCAGACCAGCAACCUUGACAAGCUCCUACAGGUCUACAAGUCAUUCGAUGCUUCCGUACUAAGUCUGCUCAGUAAAGCGGACCCUCAAAGUAUCAAGAUAUGGAAGCUACUUGACAUGCAGGUGGUUCCAGGUUGGACCAAUCAACGCCUGGCGCUGCUUGGAGACUCUGCGCAUCCGUUUCUGCCCCAUCAAGGCCAAGGGGCCGGUGUUGCGAUCGAAGACGCUGCGUCUCUUGCCGUUUUACUACCUUCGGGGAUAAAACCAGAGGACAUCUCAGAGAGGUUAGAGCUCUAUCAGAGAAUUCGCAAGGACAGGGCCGAUCGGAUCCAAGAGCACUCUCGCCUUGCAGGUGCGGAUCUUAACGACAAGACUGCAGAAGACAUGUCCAGGUUCACAAACUAUAAUUUCGGGCACGACGAAUGGGACAACUCCACACAGAAGUUCCGUGAAUGGCAGUGGAGCCGCAUACCCAAGCCAUAUUGGCGUAUGCCAAUUGCAUUCGGCCCCAUGCCAGGACCACGGCAAACUCAUUUGGGAAUUCCUCGAGAUGGCACAAACUCCACAUUUACGACCGCUUCGAUCAAAUUCAAGACUUCACGCACAGUUCUUCAGAAUCUGUUUCCUCCAGGCCGUCAAGGUUGGCGUUUCAAGUCACCUGGUACAGUAGCAUAUGCCUCAUUUUCGCAAACAACCUUAAACAAGAUGGAAUGGCUCGGAGGCUCUGGAUACAAACAUAUUGGACUUUACAUUCACGGUGUUGAAUAUGUCAAGCAAGAUGGAAGCGUGCUAAACGGCUCAUAUCUCCCUAUCCUCUUCGAAUCCUUGACAGAUCCCAUCGUCUCAGGACGAGAGGAGCUUGGUAUGCCAAAGCUUUAUACAUCAGUUGAUAUUUAUCGUCGUUCCCACAGCUACCGUAUUCGCACGGGCUGGGAGGGUGCAUUCUGGGGUAACUUCCUCCUUGAAGGGCUGGAAGAGGUCGAUUCUGCAUCGGAAAUCGGAUCCAUCAGCGGGGAAGCGGAUGACGGUAUCCUCGCCUACCGGUAUAUGCCUACGGUAGGCUACAGUAAUAAGGGUGUUCCAGCCGAGGAAUAUGCGAUCUGGGAUGCAUUCUGCGAAGCGACCACCACCCCGAGGCCGACCAAGUUCUACAAGGUGCGAAAGGCAACCUUUGAUAUCGAUCCUCUCAAUUGGGAGCAAUUGCCCACCUUACAUCAUGUCAUCUCAAGACUAUCCGAAUUGCCAGUGUACGAGAUUAUGGGCGCUAAACUAGUGGAAGGCGUAGGUGUUCCCGAUGUCUCAACAGCAAGACCAGUCUACUAG